CCAGCCUUCACAAUGUCUUCUCCUUCCUUUACAAUGUCAGUAUUGCUCUCCUUGUCACUUUUCUUACUCUUUGCUUUCAUUGCUCAGGCUCAAGUUCCGGGAAACGAAACUUUCAAGUUUGUCAACGAUGGAGAGUUUGGCCCUUACAUUGUAGAAUACGAUGGGAGCUACCGUAUGCUUAGCAUCUUUGCCGCUCCUUUCCAAUUUGCCUUCUACAACACCACCCCUAAUGCCUUCACGUUGGCUCUCCGUAUGGGCCUGACCCGCUCGGAGUCCCUAUUCCGAUGGGUUUGGGAGGCCAACCGAGGUAACCCCGUUGGCGAGAAUGCCACCCUCACUUUCGGAACAAACGGAAACCUCGUCUUGGCCGACGCCGAUGGCCGCGUUGCAUGGCAAACCAACACGGUCGACAAGGGUGUCGUGGGACUCAAGUUACUUCCAACCGGAAACUUGGUCCUCUACAACUCCAAGGGCAGUUUCGUUUGGCAAAGCUUCGACUACCCGACCGACACUUUGUUGGUUGGCCAGUCACUUAAGGCAGGGGGAGUGAACAAGCUCGUCAGUCGGCUAUCAGAUACCGAAAACAAAGAUGGACCUUACAGCUUGGUGAUGGAGCCUAGAGGAUUGGCUCUGUACUACAAGAGCGCCAACUCCCCAAAGCCGUUGCUCUACUUCUCCUUCUUUGAGAAAAUCACCCUUCAGAAAGGCACUUUGGCCAGUGUGACGUUAAAUGUGUCGCCGGACACGGAUGAGGGUUAUGCCUAUAACAUAAACCUAGAUCAUCAAUUGGCGAACAGUACUGACUUAAGCGGAAGCAUUCUAGCAAGACCCAAGUACAACAGCACAUUGACAUUACUCAGGCUCGGAAUCGAUGGAAAUGUUAAGUUUUACACUUACAACGACAAGGUCGAUUGGGGUGCAUGGGAGAAUACAUUCAGUCUUUUCGAUAGAGAUAAUUUCAUCUGGGAAACCGAGUGCCAAUUGCCGGCGAAAUGCGGGAACCUCGGGGUUUGCGAGGACAGCCAGUGUGUUGCUUGCCCAUCUUCAAGUGGAGUAUUGUUGGGUUGGAGCAAGACCUGUGCCGCCGAGACGGUAACUUGUGAUGCAAAGAGCUUCCACUACUACAAAAUCGAAGGGGUUGAUCAUUUCAUGAGCAAGUACACAACUGGAUCGGCUACAAAGGAGGCCGACUGUGGUAAGAAGUGCACUUCCGACUGCAAGUGUUUGGGCUACUUCUACAACAAGGAUUCAUCAAGGUGUUGGAUAGCUUAUGAUUUGAUGACCUUGACCAAAGUUGCCAACUCCACUCAUGUGGGUUACAUCAAGGCACCUAAUCACUAGUUGCAUAGAAUUGUAUGAAUCAGUUUAGCAUCUCAUGAAUCUUCGAUCAUCUGCGUUGGGGACUUGGGGGUCAGUUUGUUGUAUUUUUCAUCAAUAUAUAGCUUGUAAUAAUAGACCGGAAUAAGACGUUCAGAUGCUUGGGCUG